AUGUCCACCGCCGAGGGCCAGAAGAUGAUGAGUGAUUUGGCGGAUGCCGCGGACAAGUCCCGGCAGAAGAGUUGCAACGCCUGCGUACGGAGCAAGAGGCGCUGCGAUAAGCGGACCCCGCGGUGCACCCGAUGCGCUGAGAAGAACUUCUCGUGCGUGUACCAGAACCUGCCGCCCGCUCCCGAUCCUCCCGCCGGGGGUGCUCGAGCCGGGGCUGGUGUGGCCACCAACAACAGCCUCGACCGAGGCACCUCCUCCUCCUCUUCCUCCUCUGCGGGCUUUGCUUCUAGCAGCCAAGAUGACCCCCUUCAAGCCAUGGACAUCGAGGACUGUGGUAACACUAUCUCAUCUUUCAACUUCAACACACUCGACGACCACCAUCUUCAACAUCAACACGAGCACCAAGACCUCCAACAACAACAGCAGCAACCCACGCCGGCAUCGUCAUCGUACCUCGACGGCGGGCUCCCAACCCUGGUGAUGACGGAGGACAUGAACGGUAACGGUAAUAACAAUAGCAGCAGCACGCCGGUGCCGUCGACGUCGUCGCUGAAUUUCAGUAUAGACGUCGCGAACGCGCCCUUCGACUUCAAUUCGGUCAUGGAUUUCAUCAACGCGGACCCGGCGACAGGCGGUGAGAUACGGCUCUGGGAGACGCCGUUGACGCCCGUUGUGCAGAAGACCAUGACACCCGAGCUGAACCAGAUGCAAUGUGACAUGUGGGAGGAGGAUAUGUCGAAUAUGUGUCAAGAGGGCGGCUUCAAGCCGUGGCAGAUCCACGAGCCCUCCUCGCGGAUCGGUUACGCCGUUGGCCUUAUCAAGAACAUGCACGUCACCUUCGCCCAGACGAAGCAGACCCCUUUCAUUCACCGCCACCUCUACCGCGGCCUGCGCGAGACGCCACGGCCCCUGAUGGCUGCCUAUACCGCCAUCUCGGCAUACGCGGGGCGCACUGAGGCAAACAAAGACUGGGCCAUCCGCGCCUUGUGCGACGGUGCCGCCGAGGUCCUCAAGGGAGCCAAGGAUACGACGUCGUCGAACCUGACGGGGCACGAGAAGCUCGCCAGGACGCAGGCGCUGUGGCUCCUGCAGACGAUAAGGUGCUUCGACGGCGACAUAGCGCUAAGGGCGCAGGCGGAGCGGGACAUGGGCGUCCUGGAGGGGUGGUUGAAGGAGCUUACUGUGAUGAGGGACAACUUUGACGAGGUGCAUUUGUUGGACGAGGGGGCGGUGAGGGCGAGGCCGCCGCGGUCGUGGGAGGUGUGGGUGUUUAAUGAGUGUGUGAGGAGGACGGUGUUGAUGGGGUAUAUGUUUACGAGCAUGUAUGAGAUGCUCAAGUUUGCUGGUGAACAAGAUCCGGACCCCACGCACUGGCUGAUGCCGCACCGGUGGACGUUCUCCAGGCAUCUCUGGGACGCCCAGUCGUCGCCGGCGUUCUACUCAGCGUGGCGCGAGAAGCCGAUGUUCCUGGUCAACAGCUUCUUUGUGCAGCGGGUCGCGAAGAUGGCGAGGCCGGCGGACGUGGAUGACUUUGCGAGGAUGUUCCUCACUAUGUAA